AUCCUCGGCGUCUCUGCCGGGUCUGCGCCGCCACUUCCAACUGUCUCCGCGUGGCACGAGCCACGAGCCGCGCUCUUCCCCUGGCGGCGGCGGCGGCGGCGGCGGGUGCAAGCAAGGAGUGGCUGCGAGCGGCGGCGGGCUCCAUGGAGAGCGGCGGGCGCCGGAGCAGAGGCGGCGCUUCCACCGCUGCGCCCGGACUGCAGUGACCCGCGUUUCGCCCCGCGUCGCGGCGGCCGCCCGGCCUCGCCGUCCGUGUCCGCGCCCCCGCCGCCGCCGCCCGUCCCACCGGCUCCCGAGCACCGCGACUUCCUUCGGCCCGACUCCCCGGCGGGGUGGCGGCGGCCGGGUCCCCACGGUGGCGGCCGGAGCAGCGGCUGCAGGAGCCCGGCUCUAGGAUGAAGUUCAAGCCCAACCAGACGCGGACGUACGACCGCGAGGGUUUCAAGAAGCGGGCCGCCUGCCUGUGCUUCCGCAGCGAGCAGGAGGACGAGGUGCUGUUGGUGAGUAGCAGUCGGUACCCAGACCAAUGGAUUGUCCCAGGAGGAGGGAUGGAACCAGAGGAGGAACCUGGUGGCGCCGCUGUGAGGGAAGUGUAUGAAGAGGCUGGAGUCAAAGGAAAAUUAGGCAGACUACUGGGGAUAUUUGAGCAGAAUCAAGACCGGAAGCACAGAACAUAUGUUUAUGUUCUGACAGUCACUGAAAUAUUGGAAGACUGGGAAGACUCUGUGAAUAUAGGAAGGAAGAGAGAGUGGUUCAAAGUAGAAGACGCAAUCAAGGUUCUCCAGUGCCAUAAGCCUGUCCACGCCGAGUAUCUGGAAAAGCUAAAGCUGGGGUGUUCUCCGACCAAUGGCAAUUCCACCGUCCCUUCCCUCCCAGAUAACAAUGCCUUGUUUGUGACUGCUGCACAGCCCUCUGGGGUGCCAUCCAGUAAAAGAUAAAGAGAUGGGGCCCCUCCCCCAUCGUGUCAUGGCUCAUGUCACAAGGAGAGGCUUUUUUACUUCUAACACAUCUGACUGCUGCUGGCAAACUCUUAAAUUUGCCAUGCAGGAAUUUCAAAUAAUUUGCAUGUAUUUCAGAUGCUUUCAAGUCUUUUAAAAUAAAUAACAAGAUAGCAAAAAUACUUUUAAGAUGCCAAAGCCAUGUGGAUUUUUUUUAAAACUCUCCCCAUUGCUCUGGUUUUCAUGUUUAUAACCUUUCUUAAAUUUUCACUUUUGUCUGCUUAACAUUCUAUGGUUUAUUUUGAGAGAUCAACUGGUUGUUGGGUAUAUUUUUGCCCCAAUUUUUUUUUUCUUGCAGUAUCAAAUAGAUACCAAAUCUUUGUUGGGAAUUAGUGAAAAAUUCUUGGUAUUUAAAGAAACAUAUCCACCCCAAAAUGUUUAAGUCUCCAUUUGUAAACUGCAGAUUUGGGCUGUUUUCAUACAGGCCAGCAGCCUUUGACGAAGCGCUUCAGUCUACUGCUUUCGAGAAUUUGUUCACCAGUCAGUGUAGUAGCACCGUUUCCCCCCUUGACAGAUAUCUGAUAUGAGUGUGCCAUUUUUUAGGGAAAACUGUCAGUACUUGCAUGUGGCUCCUGAAAUUGUUUAUAGAAAUCUAUUUAGCAUGCUUAGCUGCUGCUUCCUUUUGACAGACUAUAUUAGGAGCCACACUUCCCUCGAUGGCGAGAGCUCUUUAAAUAUACUUUCAGUUGCAUUGUUUACCACUGGACUAGACUCUAACCUUGGAUGCUAGUCAGUGAUAACUGUAUCACACUAAAUAAAAUGGCUGUUCUGUUCAGCUGUUCUAGGCCUAAGACACGGUCUCGAGUGCCAGUGACUUGUCAGAUAAAUUAACUGUGGGAACUAGAACAUUCGAGCCAAAAAUUAUUAUACCUUGUCUUUGUGCUCACUCAAAAUUGGUCACCCCAUGAAAAAGUACCUAUACUUCCUCCACGAAGUCACACACAGAGGAAGUGAAAGGGGAGAAGAGGAAAAAAUCUUUAGCAGUUACCACCUUUUGUAAAUACUCUACUUAAACUGGCAAGCAUAGAACAGUAUAGUUAAGACAUUUGUUCUGUAACUUGUUAACCUUUAAAGCGUAAUACCGCUGCUGAAAACAGUCCUUAGUUGUAAGGAAAGCUGGUGCCGUUUUGACAAUGAGAUCUUGUGCCACAGAUGCAGCAGAACUAAACAUUAGGCUCCAAAGCAGAAAAACUCAACCAGUAGUAUUCAUUCUAAAUUAUGUAGUGUAAUCACACAUGAUCGCCCAGAUCUUUUAUAUUUUUCUUUGUACAGAGGUCAUGUACUUGGUGUUUUAAAAGAAACAUUUUAAAGAAACCCACAGAUUGAAAUUUUCUGUUUUUGUUUUCUCACAAUUCUCUGCAAUUUCUCCAUGUACUAAACACAACAAAGAAACUGGACUGUUUGUAUAGAAUACUGCUUCCAGCUAAUAAACCAUCACACGUGCUUGGGAGUUUAUAUGUACAUGAUACUCUCAGGUAAUAAUGCAUGAACCGAUUUUAUAAACUCUUGAACUGUGUAUUGCCAUGUAAAAUAUGUACAGUAUUAAUGUCAACCAUCUCUUUAAAAGUUAGCCUAUAAAUAUUGUUGUAUAAUUUCUUUGGUCAGAAACAUUUGGACUAAGUCACGUCACCUGGGUCAAGACUUUUCCUCAGUGCCAUUUAGCAAACUGUCUUUAGUCUAUGCAAAUAGCAAAGAUUGACAGAAUGUAACAGAAUGCAGCUUCACUGUUAAAUUUCACCUGAGGGUUCCUCAUUAUUCUGGAAUCCGGACUUGCAAGAUAUAAAGGAAAUUGAAUCUACUAGAGAUAAUGUCGACCAGCCCAGCCGCCUGCAGCCCAGACUGCGGUUCGUACUCAUCUGUGCAGUCGCUGAAUAAAACAGGGCAGCUAAAUUCUCCAGUUCUACGUGCCUCCUAAGUUUAAAAAGCAAAAGCAAAGUAACUUGUUAGAGAUUGACUUGCAGAAAAGUAAACCCUGCUGUGUGGUGAUGUAAAGAAAUGGCAUUUUCCCACCAAGCACAAGCCAUCCAGUUUUCUCCAGCACACUGUAUGAAGCAGCAAAGGUGAAGGAGAGAAAUGGUUCAGUGUACAAGAAUUGCUUUGCAUGGUCUCAUCUGAGAUGGUUGCAUUCGAACUGUUGUAAGAAUUGUAAGAAUCUUGACUUUCUUUUUUAUAUUUGGAAACAUCAAAUAAAAAUGGAAACAUAA